CAGCUACCACAUCGGGGGGUGGGUUACUAAGGAAACCCUUACUGGGGGCGGAUCCCGGGGGCUGCGAGGGACCGGAGUGCCGGAGUGUCUGGAGAUCUCAGCCAUCGAGACUGGGUCCCCACGUGAAGCCCAGCCAUGCCCGCUGCACCGCCACUCGUUCGUGUUUCUUGAGCAACGCAGGAUUCGGGCAGCCAAUUCAUCGGUGACGAUGCAUGAUGCCUAAUAGGACAGCUGGUGCUGCUAUUUUUUGUACCCUGCCUCGGAGGAAAGGCGAGGACUACACAUUAUGUAUGUAUGUAUGUAUGUAACUACUAUGUACUGUCACUGUACAAAGUACAGCCCGCCUACAGAGUGCGGCACCGGGUACAUACAUACAUACAUGGGCUCGAUUGGCCGUUGUAGAUCAUUCUAUUUCUAUUCAUUUCUAUUCAAUGAAGGCUGGCGGCUGGGGUUUCUUCUCUCUCUGGCCCAGCCCAGAGCCAUAUACUCCGGACCCCGUAAUAUAACCUUCCUUGACCAUCGCCUACGCCCUCAGUGUCUCUUUGUUGGAAUAAAUAGCCGCGGGCCUGACUGGGCUUGUGAUCACAAAAACAGCUGCCUGCGCGGGCUGUCUUUCCCCAGUGCCCGUCGACCAUUGACUGCGGGUCACGUGCUUCCGCCCCGACCGACCCGAAACGCCUGUAAUCUCCAGACGGCGGGCGGCGAUUCACCUCACCUUGUCAGCUUCCCUCCAACGCCUCAUCUCAUCCUCCUCCCUUUCUACAUCUCAUCCUCCCGCCACCUCCCAGCCCGCGUUACGAACGUCUUCUUUCCGCUACUUCAGUCUUACGGAACCCCCAGCCGCUCAGUUCAUUUUUGCGACCUUCCGCCUCAUCCCCUACGAAAGGACCAGGCAGCAGAGUCCAUCCGUUGCACCUAGGUAGUCUGGUCACUUACCAGGUCCUUCAAUCCAACGCUUGAACCCAUCAAGUCGAUCGCGCAUUACCACCAUGUCGGAGCAGCCGUACGACCCCUACAUCCCCUCCGCGUCCAACGGGACGGCCAGCGCCAGUGCCGCGCAGAAUGGCGACCCCAGGACAAGGGAAAUCGACAAAGUAAGUGGC